AGAUUCUAACCAUGUUUCUAACUCUUCAAUUCUCUGUGCAGUACUCAGAAUUCUUGUGUACUGCAUAUUACAUAAGACUAUGAAGUUUGGUCAUACAUGUGGCUACUGUCACUCACUGAGUGCUUCCUUUUUGUGCUUCUAUUGGCCCUGUAGAAAGAAAAGUUUUACAAAUCAGUGCGUUUUGUCAGUACUCUAAUGGGUUGUCUGGUCUCUGAAUAUGACUGAAUUGCUGUGACAAUGACAUUGUGUGUGGGAGUAGGUUGGAGGUCUGACUGGGCUGGGCUAGGCAGGCGUCAGACUUCUCAUCUCCACAGGAAGUCUGUUUUAUCUGUCUUCCUCACUGAACACAGGCGGCGACAGAUAGCCAACUCCCAGUCUUGUGGGAAUGAGGAGGGCAGGGAUGGUAGCCUAUAUUCUCAGGAAUAUGUUCUUUAGAAUUUGUUACAAAAUAAUCAUUGCAAGUAACAAAGUUGGCAAUAAGGAACAUGUGGAUUCUUCAAUCCUACAGCUUUUAUGUGCUGUAUUUAUUACUUUGCAGCAGAAUUUUUGGAACACGUUCUAAAGAACUAAAUAACAUAUUCCUGAAAUAGAAUGACCAUCCAGAGAGGAGAAGGGCUAUUAGGUUCCUUCCAAUGUUCCUUCUAGGAGACCACCAGGAGCAGGAGACACAGGGUACAGUGUUGAGCCUACUGGGAGACAGGAGCUGGAGACACAGUGUUGAGCCUACUGGGAGACAGGAGCUGGGGACACAGUGUUGAGCCUACUGGGAGACAGGAGCUGGAGACACAGUGUCGAGCCUACUGGGAGACAGGAGCUGGAGACACAGUGUUGAGCCUACUGGGAGACAGGAGCUGGAGACAGUGUUGAGCCUACUGGGAGACAGGAGCUGGAGACAGUGUUGAGCCUACUGGGAGACAGGAGCUGGGGACACCGUGUUGAGCCUACUGGGAGACAGGAGCUGGAGACACAGUGUCGAGCCUACUGGGAGACAGGAGCUGGAGACACAGUGUUGAGCCUACUGGGAGACAGGAGCUGGAGACACAGUGUUGAGCCUACUGGGAGACAGGAGCUGGAGACACAGUGUUGAGCCUACUGGGAGACAGGAGCUGGAGACACAGUGUUGAGCCUACUGGGAGACAGGAGCUGGAGACACAGUGUUGAGCCUACUGGGAGACAGGAGCUGGUGUCACAGGGUAUAGUGUUGAGCCUACUGAAGACAGGAGCUGGAGACACAGUGUUGAGCCUACUGAAGACAGGAGCUGGAGACACAGUGUUGAGCCUACUGGAGACAGGAGCUGGAGACACAGUGUUGAGCCUACUGGAGACAGGAGCUGGAGACACAGUGUUGAGCCUACUGGAGACAGGAGCUGGAGAUACAGUGUUGAGCCUACUGGAGACAGGAGCUGGAGACACAGUGUUGAGCCUACUGGAGACAGGAGCUGGAGACAGUGUUGAGCCUACUGGAAACAGACAGCCACCCCCGCCUCCUCCUCCUCUAAGGUAAACAGGAUCUCCUCCUGAAGGUCGCUGGGAGACAAUACCCUGGGUAUUAUUAUGGGAAACGACUAAGAAUAGAUAACGAAAGUAAGGUGGCUGUCGUGCCUGUGGUUUGUGUUUGGAUCAGACGAGCCAAAAUGGAAGAUUUGUCUAUAGAAGUGUUACAGUUGUGAAGAUAAUGUUCUUGGUGAGAAGGGCACGCAAGUGAAAGAGCGGGACACAUGGUAAAACGUCAGAGGUUUAUCAGUCUGUCUAUCUUCAUGGUAGUUAAGUAUUGGAGUUGAAGGCCUAAAUAAAGAAGACCUAUUUUUGUAUGCUGUUCAUAAAUGGAGACUUACUGUACUACUGUAUUUUAUUCCAGAUUUUAUAAGCCAUGAUCCCCAUCACUGAGCUGCGUUACUUUGUAGACUGCCAGCCGGCCUACCGCAUCCUGAAGCCAUGGUGGGACGUCUUCACCGACUACAUCUCCAUCGUCAUGCUCAUGAUCGCCGUGUUCGGGGGCACUCUGCAGGUCACCCAGGACAAGAUGAUCUGCCUGCCCUGCAAGUGGGUGGUCAACCAUACAUGCAGGAGGUUUUUCAACGCUACUCUGUCGGCCCCGCUCUUGUUGGAGCCCAAAGGGAUCCAAUACAACCUGGAUCGCCACCAGUACAACUACGUAGACGCUGUGUGCUACGAGAACCGCCUGCACUGGUUUGCCAAGUACUUCCCUUACCUGGUGCUACUGCAUACCCUCAUCUUCCUGGCCUGCAGUAACUUCUGGUUCAAGUUCCCCCGGACUAGCUCCAAACUGGAGCACUUUGUGUCCAUCUUACUCAAGUGUUUUGACUCUCCCUGGACCACCAGGGCUCUGUCUGAGACGGUGGUGGAGGAGCGCGACCCCAAGCCCCACAAGAUGAACGGCUCCAUGGAUAAGAAGGCGUCAUGUGUCAGCGAGGACGUGGAGGCCAGCGUCCCCAUGCUCCAAAAGACAAAGUCUCGCCUGGAGCAGGGGAUCGUGGACCGCACUGAGACAGGCGUCCUGGAUAAGAAAGAGGGCGAACAGGCAAAAGCUCUGUUCGAAAAGGUGAAAAAGUUCCGCAUACACGUGGAAGAGGGAGACAUUGUGUACAGGCUCUACAUCCGACAAACUAUUAUCAAAGUCAUUAAGUUCAUUUUUAUUAUCUGCUAUACGGGGUAUUAUGUGCACAAUAUUCAGUUCAGUGUGGACUGUAGUGUGGAUAUAGAGAGCCUCACAGGGUACAGCAUGUAUCGUUGUGCCCAUCCUCUGGCCACUCUGUUUAAGAUCCUAGCCUGCGUCUACAUUAGCUUAGUGGGGGUUUACGGCUUAAUUUGCAUGUACACUCUCUGUUGGAUGCUGCGGCGCUCGCUGAAGAAAUACUCCUUCGAGUCGAUACGAGAGGAGAGCAGUUACAGCGACAUACCGGACGUGAAGAACGACUUUGCUUUCAUGCUGCACAUGAUUGACCAAUACGACCCUCUGUACUCCAAACGCUUUGCUGUCUUCCUGUCCGAGGUGAGCGAGAACAAGCUGCGGCAGCUCAACCUGAACAACGAGUGGACUCUGGACAAACUGAGGCAGAGAAUCACCAAUAACUCCCAGGAGAAGUUGGAGCUGCACCUCUUCAUGCUGAGUGGCAUCCCAGACACAGUGUUUGACCUGAUGGAGCUGGAGGUGCUGAAGCUGGAGCUCAUUCCAGACAUUACCAUCCCUCCUAUCAUCGCCCAGCUGGUCAACCUGAAGGAGAUGUGGCUGUACCAUACCCCGGCUAAGAUCGAGGCUCCCGCCUUGGCCUUCCUCAGGGAGAACCUCAAGUCCCUCCACAUCAAGUUCACCGACAUCAAGGAGAUCCCUUUGUGGAUCUACAGCCUGAAGAACCUGAGCGAGCUGCACCUGACGGGGAACCUGAGCGCAGAGAACAACCGAUACAUUGUUAUUGAUGGGCUACGGGAGCUGAAGAGGCUCAAGGUGCUCCGGCUGAAGAGUAACUUGACCAAGCUACCUCAGGUGGUGACGGACGUGGGGGUGCACCUCCAGAAGCUGUCAGUCAACAACGAGGGCACCAAGCUGAUGGUCCUCAACAGCCUGAAGAAAAUGGUGAACCUGACUGAACUGGAGCUGAUCCGCUGUGACUUAGAACGCAUCCCACACUCCAUCUUCAGCCUGCACAACUUGCAGGAGAUUGACCUCAAGGACAACAACCUGAAGACCAUCGAGGAGAUCAUCAGCUUCCAGCACCUGCACCGGCUAGUCUGCCUUAAGCUCUGGUAUAACCAGAUCGCCUACAUUCCCAUCCAAAUCGGCACCCUCAACAACAUGGAGAGGCUCUAUCUGAACAGGAACAAAAUCGAUAAGAUCCCCAGCCAGCUGUUCUACUGUCGGAAGCUGCGCUUCCUAGACCUGAGCCACAACAACCUCACCUACAUCCCAGCAGAUGUGGGGUACCUGCAGAACCUCCAGUACCUGGUAGUCACUGCUAACAGAAUUGAGGCCCUGCCCAACGAGCUGUUCCAGUGUAAGAAGCUCCGUACUCUGAACCUGGGUAACAACUGCCUGACGUCUCUGCCGUCACGCUUCGGGGAGCUGACGGCCUUGACCCAGCUGGAGCUGAGGGGGAAUAGACUGGACUGUCUGCCCGUGGAGCUGGGGGAAUGCAGGCAGUUGAAGAAGACGGGCCUGGUGGUGGAGGAGGACCUCUUCAACACCCUGCCCACUGAGGUGAAGGAGCAGCUGUGGAAGGUGGACAAGGAGACUGCCUGAGUAGAUAGGGGGAUGGUAACUUAGUCGAAACAGACACAGGCCGGACACCUGGAGGACUGAAGAGGACUAGAGAGGACUACACAGACUCGGACAGCUCGCUAACAGAGCAGCCCCUGCUCACUCUGACUGUACUCUACUCUACUGCAGGGAUGCUUUUCAAAGGGAAUCAAAGUCCCACCGCCAUGCCACUUUUUUUUCCAGACGUAAAAAAAAAGAUACAAAAAAAUCUGCCAUGGGAUACAGUGUGUGUGUUGAACAAGAUGAGAGAUGUCAGCUCGAAUGUGUUGCACGUGAGGAUACAAAAUGCAAAUGCCAUAUUUCUGUAAGAGAAGGGACUCUGCAGGUGGGCAGUGUAAUUGUCAUUGUCAUUCAGGCAGGGUAUAUUAUCCUGUUACAUACAGUACAAUAGGCCCCCCUUGAUAGAUUCUAGUCCAUAGGGUGCUAAGUGGCAAUAGUUAGUUGCCCACUCUCAGUAUGUGCCAGAUGGUGUAUAGCUACUGUCCGCAAUGACAGGAGGAAGAAGCUCCAUUAAAGGAGGAUUCUCCAAGAUCUCUGGUCCUGUGCUCAUUACUCUAGUGUGUGUGUGUGGUCCAUUACAUUCAUAACAGAAAAUAUCUUAAAUGGGGAAUUUUCCACUCAAAAUUGGACGGACCUAGCUGAAUUUGUCAAAAUCAAAUAAUGUUGUAGCGGCCAGGUCUUUAUUCCUUGCUCACUGACUGACAUUUUAGUUAACAUGUUUAUAAAGUGCUUAAGAACAGCCCGUAGCUGUGGUAUAUUGGCCAUAUACCACACCCCCCCGGGCCUUAUUGCUUAAAUACACCAGUGUUUUUUUUUUUUUCUCCAGUGGCAAUUCGGCAAAUUGUUGUUUAAUCAGUAAGUUAUGUCAAAGUAAACUGGGCCGACGACUGCUAUACAAUCCAUUUAUAUUACUCUUCCUAUGCAUCAGCACUGGAAUGUGCUGCUUAAAUUAGAUACGAUGUCUGUAACAGCUGAGGUAUGGGGCUGGAGAAUUGUAACCACUCUCAAAUUCAUUGGCGGAGCCAUGCAACUAUGGACUAAGCAUUCUCAGUCUCAAUGGAAAUUCUCCUUUUGAAAGAGGUUUUUAUUCCAGGACUAAGCUUAAUCUGAGUUAUAUUAUUCAAUAAUCAAUGGGUGUAUAUAUCAUUCAUUUAUAAGUCCACAAAUAGAUAUAGCAAUUACAGAUAGACCCUUUCCUCAGCAAUCCACUGCUGAUGACAUUGACAAUCAACUCUUAUUUCAUGGUGUUUUCUCAGACAUACUUGUCUCUUAAUGGAAUUAUGCAAAUAUUCAUGCUAGACUAAAUAGUGAGACAAGACUUAUCUGUUUCUUAGACACAGGCCUAAAAAGCAUUCUCAGUCUCAAUGGAAAUUGUCCUUUGAAAUAGGUUUUUAUUCCAGGACUAAGCUUAAUCUGUGUCUUGGAAUUUGAGUUAUAUUAUCCAAUAAUUAAUUUAUAACUCCACAAAUGGAUAUAACAAUUGCAGAUAACAUCCCAAACCCCACCGCCACCAUGGGGCACUCUUCACAACGUUGACAUCCGCAAACCACUCGCCCACAGGACGCCAUACAUGUGGUCUGAGGUUCUCAGCCUGGUUGGACCUACUGCCAAAUUCUCUAAAAUGACAUUGGAGGUGGCUUAUGGUAGAGAAAUGAACAUUCUCUGGCAACAGCUCUGGUGGACAUUCCUGCAGUCAGCAUGCCAAUUGCACGCUCCCUCAACUUGAGACGUCAACUUGAGACGUCUAUUGCAUUGUGUUGUGACAAAACUGCACAUUUUAGAGUGGCCUUUUAUUGUCCCGAGCGCAAGGUGCACUGGUGUAAUGAUCAUGCUGUUUAAUCAGCUUCUUGAUAUGCCACACCUGUCAGGUGGAUGGAUUAUCUUGACGAAGGAGAAAUGCUCACUAACAAGGAUGUAAUCAAAUUUCUGCAUAAAAAAAUAUGGAACAUUUCUGGGUUCUUUUUAUUUCAACUCAUGAAACAUGGGACCAACACUGCAUCUUGCAUUUAUAUUUCUGUUCAGUGCAUUAACAAUAGCUACCUGGAUGGCAUCAGCAUUACGUGGAUUAAUGGCAGUAUUUGAAUAGAAUGGUCAUAUAAGGUUGAAUUCAAUCAAACCCACAGUAUUUCCAGUUCUGGGGUCUAUAUAAUAAUACAGCAUAUUUUAUUGAGGAUACUGAAUAAACAAGAUAAAUCACAAUCGACAGAUUUGAUUCAAUCUGUCCCUUUGUCAGGCUACCACAGUGGAGCAUAGCCAUCACUAUGAAGGGAUCUUGCUGACUACAUUAUGUUCAUUUACAGAAUUAAGGACCAAAAUUGAGUUAGGAUUUGAAAUAAAAAUGUAUUGGUCACGUACACAUAUUUAGUAGAUGUUGUUGCCGGUGUAGCGAAAAGCUCUAAUGGUGCAGUAGGAUCUACACAUACAUCUAAAAAAUCAAAUGGAAUUAAGACAUAUAUCAAAUUUAGGAUGAGCUUUGUCGGAGUGGCAUUGACCAAAAUACAGUAUAUACAUAUGAAAUUAGUAAAACAGGAUGUAAACAUUAAAGUGUUCCAUGGGUACUUUGGCCUUGUUAACUUGUACUUAAAGAUGGGGAUCGAUGUUCAAGUUGAUCCUUAAUGUGUGGGUGCUAUAUUGAGCUACCGGUUACUACUGUUCAUUAGUGUUGAUAUGCAACCAUGAAUGGGGCUCUAUGCUCUAGUUAAGAGGUUGUUAGGGUGCAGCUGAAAUGGCACCCUAAGUAAUGCACUGUAGGGAAUAGGAUGCCAUUUCAGAUGCAGUUGAGUUUCCAUUUCUUAACUAGUCAUUCUAGCUGUUAUGAGUCUGACAACCAAAUAUCUCAUCCUCAUAGGUCAUUCCAUAUUCAUCUAUUUGUUCAUCAACAUCUAUUUUUGUGAGUAAAAUUCUACACCCCCCCACCCCCACCCCCACCCCAGCAUUUCCGGGUUUGUCUCAGUGAGCAUGAUGAUGUUGCGAUGAUUGGGUUUGUCUCAUUGAGCAUGAUGAUGUUGCGAUGAUUGUGGACUUCUGUAUGCAAGGUCAACGCAUGGCUCUGACACAGCAACACAACACGUGCAUAGAGGAGCUGUCUUGUCAUCAGGAAACAGGGAUUAUAACACAGAUGCAAAGAACAUUGCUGUGGAUGACAUGGAGAUUAACAAAAUAUGCACAGUGGUCUUAUGACUGAAGGACAACACAAACAACACCGGAAUGAUGGCUGGCUGUGUAAAGCUGUUCUGCCAAUGCUUGUCUUUCGCACUUGCCCAUGCAAGAAGUUAAGAAGAUUUAAAGCUAUUGGAAGAUGGGCUCAUUGUAAUGGUUGGAAUGGAAUUAAUGGAGCGGAGUCAAACAUGGAAACCACGUGUUUGAUUCCAUUAAUUCCAGUCCAGCUAUUACAAUGAGCCCGUCCUUCUAUAGCUCCUCCCAUCAGCCUCCACUGGUAUUUAUGUUCUUAAAAGGUUUUUAUGACAUGCACGUUUCCUCAGCAAUCCACUGCUGAUGACGUCAACAAUCAACUCUUAUUUCAUACUUGUCUCUUCAUGGAAUUAUGCAAAUAUUCAUGCUAGACUAGAUAGUGAGACAAGAUUAACAGAAGGGAUCUGUUUUUUAGACACAGAUUAGUCCAGGACUAAAAAGCAUUCUCCUGACCAUUUUUCUUCAGUGUUGACAGUUAUUAUUAGUACAGUACACUAUAACCUCAGGAAAUGUACAUUUCACUUUUAUCCGUGCAUUGUUUUGGUGUUGCUUUAAUAGCAGAUUAUUUUUGCUCCACUCAUUUUUAUGUUCAUUUAAACAGUUGUUAUACCACACAUUUUUAUAAUUAUAUACGUUUUGAAAAUGUUCUAGUCAAUAGUAUUUAAUAUAUUUAAUAUUAAAUGCAGCUUCAAAAUUAUAUUUAAAUAAAACACUUUUGUUUCUGAAAUCAUACAUCACAUAUGUCAAUAGAUAUAUUUUGUGUGUAUUCAUUUGUGUUGUUUCCUUUGUUGCUCACUUUAAUUAAGAGUAUGGAAGAAAUUGAUGUGUACAGUAUAUGUUUUAGAGCCAUCAUAGAUGUACAGUAGACCCUACUCCUACCACAAUAGCAUGUAGUUAGUUGUAUUUUAAACUGGAAUGUCAUCCUCCAACAUGUUUUUUUUUUUACACCAUAUAUUUUUUUUAAAUCAAAUUCCUCAUCUAAGAGACUGACAACCCCCAUUGUACUGCUAGUAAGUAGUGUAUCAGCAGUAUUAACUUUGUUGCCAAAAAAUCUCCCAGCACUUCAGGAAAAUAACAUUGCUAUUUUGUUUACAUGACAUGAUGUUGUCAACUGUCUAUUUGAUCCUAAUUAUGCUCUAAAAUAUUGUCAUCAUUCCCCUCCUUUAAUUCCUCUUGUGAAAUUACAGUAUAAUAAACUUAAUUACGCAC